AUGUUUUCUUUCUUUCUUUCUUGCUCUUUUUCUUACAUCGUAGAUAUUUCAUUCGAUAGCAUUUUCUUUCUUUCUCUUUUGUUAGCAUUAUUUUUAUUUACCAGUUCUUUAUUUCUUUUUUUCUUUCUUUGGGUUUGCACUUCUUUUCCUUUCAUUCUAGAUAAAACUUUCGUCCACAGUUUCUUUCUUUCUUUCUUUUCGUUUCCCGUUCUUUUUCCUUUCAUUUUUGAUAUUUUUUCCGUUUACAAUGUCUUUCUUUCUUUUUUCAUUCAUUUCUUCAUUUUUCCUUUCAUUCACAUUUUUUCUUUCUUUUUUUUAUUCUUGAUUUUCUCAUAUUUUUUCGUUCACAUUUUAUCUAGAAUAGAUAUUUUUUGUUCAUAUUUUCUUUCUUUCUUUUGUCUUUUUUGGUGUUCCCGUUUUUGUCUUUUAAGUUUAGAUAUUUCUUUUGUUCACAGUUUCAAUCUUUCUUUUCUUUCUUCUUUCCUUCUUUCUUUCUUUCUUUCUUUCUUUCCGUUCUUUUUUUCCCACUUUUCUUUCUUUUUAUGA